UAGAGGAGACAAACCAUGCUCCGUGGACGUGGAAGUCUGUGGCUCUUGACCCGUGAAAUCGUGGUCUUGUGAACUGCACCAACCUUGCAAGUCAAUCUCAUUUCUCAGUUCUCUCGAAAUUCAGUUUCUUUUUCUUGUUUCUGGUUAUUGGUCUGAUGGGGAAGAAACAACACGUGGAUGCUGGCAGUGGAAGAGACCCCCUUCUGGACAAGGAGGGAAGCAAGCAAACAAAUGACAACCAGUUGCCUAGUGAUGCUGCCAAUGACCUUGAGCAUGGUGAUGGUGUAGAGGCAGCCAAUAUUGGAUUUUUUAGGGUGUUUUCACUGGCAAAGCCUGAUGCAGGGAAGCUAAUUGUUGGCACCAUUGCACUGUUGAUAGCAUCCACAUCAAGUAUCAUGAUUCCUAAAUAUGGUGGAAUGAUAAUAGACAUAGUAUCAAGAGAAAUAAGGACACCUGAAGAGCAAUCAAAAGCUUUGCAAGCCAUCAGGGACACUGUAACAUAUAUCUUCAUGAUUGUUAUAGUGGGGUCCCUGUGCACAGCACUUCGAGGAUGGUUGUUUGCCUCUGCCAGUGAAAGGGUUGUAGCUCGUUUGAGGAAAAGCUUGUUCAGUCACCUUAUCAAUCAGGAAAUAGCUUUCUUUGAUGUUACUAGAACAGGUGAACUACUCAGCAGGCUAUCUGAGGACACCCAGAUCAUAAAAAAUGCUGCAACAACCAAUCUUUCUGAGGCGCUUCGGAAUAUAACAACUGCAUUCAUUGGCAUUGGGUUCAUGUUUUCAUCAUCGUGGAAAUUGACACUGUUAGCUUUAGCAGUAGUGCCAGUUAUCUCAGUAGCUGUACGAAAAUUUGGGCGCUAUCUUAAAGAACUUUCACACAAAACUCAAGCUGCAGCUGCAGUGGCUGCUUCGAUUGCUGAGGAAUCUUUUGGCGCCAUUCGAACUGUUAGAUCGUUUGCUCAAGAAAGUUAUGCCAUAUCAAGUUACUCUGAAAAAGUUGAGGAAACACUAAAGCUUGGACUCAGACAAGCUAAAGUUGUUGGUCUAUUCUUUGGAGGGGUCAAUGCGGCAUCCACAUUGUCUGUUAUUAUUGUGGUGAUUUAUGGAGCAUAUUUGACAAUAACAGGAUCCCUGACUGCUGGAUCACUUACAUCUUUCAUUCUCUAUAGUCUUACUGUUGGGUCCUCAGUCUCCUCUUUAUCAGGAUUAUAUACAACUACUAUGAAAGCUGCAGGGGCAAGUAGGAGAGUUUUCCAGCUCUUGGAUCGAGUCUCAAGCAUGCCAAGAUCAGGUGACAAGUGCCCUGUGGUUGACCCAGAUGGGGAUGUAGAACUGGAUGAUGUCUGGUUUGCCUACCCUUCUCGCCCAAGUCACAUGGUACUUAAGGGCAUAACACUAAAACUGAAGCCUGGAUCAAAAGUUGCCCUUGUUGGACCAAGUGGUGGUGGAAAGACCACAAUAGCAAACUUGAUUGAGAGGUUCUAUGAUCCUCUCAAGGGAAAAAUUUUGCUCAAUGGCAUUCCUUUGAUAGAAAUAUCACAUGAAUAUCUUCACAAAAAGGUCAGUAUAGUCAGUCAGGAGCCUGUUCUUUUCAAUUGUUCCAUAGAGGAGAAUAUUGCCUAUGGGUUAAAUGGCAAAGCCAGCAUUGCUGAUAUAGAAGCCAUGGCUAGGAUGGCUAAUGCCCAUGAAUUCAUAGAAAGAUUUCCUGAAAAGUAUAAAACAGUUGUUGGCGAACGUGGGUUGAGGCUUUCGGGAGGCCAGAAACAGAGAAUAGCAAUAGCAAGGGCACUGUUAAUGAAUCCAAAAGUUUUGCUUUUGGAUGAAGCAACUAGUGCUCUGGAUGCUGAGAGUGAAUACCUAGUUCAGGAUGCAAUGGAUUCAUUGAUGAGGGGCAGAACUGUUCUUGUUAUAGCACACCGGCUUUCAACGGUCCAAAGCGCAGACAGUGUAGCAGUUGUAUCCGAUGGUCAGAUAGCUGAAAUUGGCACCCAUGACGAGCUACUCUGCAAGGAUGGCAUCUACACUGCCCUUGUGAGGAGGCAACUACAAGGUUCAAACCAUAAAAUGUAAUUCCAAAAAUGUUGGACAACCAAAUGUAAAAUUUGUGUGGUUUUAAUUUUCCAAAUAAAAUUCACUGCAGAAUAACAUUUUUAUGCUUAUUGUUAGGCACUAAUCGUAGGGUCAUGUAUGCUUAAUACAAGAUAGCAAUGUUUGAAGGAAGCGCCCUCAAGGAAGGUGCUGUUAUCCCAUCAUCUCCAGAUCUUUGGUGUGAUUAAUCACCUGUUAAAUUGUGAGAACAUUUAUCACUAAUUGUAUGCUUGGUUUAAGAGGAGAAAAGGGAGGAGAAUAGUCAAGAUUCCUCAAGUUGGUUUAUAAAAAAUUUAAAAGACG